AUGGCGGAACAAGUCUCAUUCCUCGAGCCAUUGAAGACGGUUCACGAAAAUCGCUCCGAGGAAGUGUUCGUCCAGGCAUUCGUCAUCGAGAUACCGGCCAAGUUGACGAGCAAAGCACUCGGCAUCGUCAAGCCCGUCAUUCCUAGCGGCGGCAAGCACCCUUCAUUCAGUCACUUUCGACGUGUAUGCUCUCUCACACAUCUCCCUCUGGACUUGACAUGGCGCCGUGAUUAUGACGCACGAGGCCUUCAAACCGUCUUUCUGUUGGUGCCAAACACCGUCGUUUCAUGGGAGGAUAUCAAGGCCACGCUUGUGCCACACAUCGAUGUUGAAGGUCUCCCUCGUUGCUUCGAUGCUGUAGUCCCACGCCACGCACCUCUGAGUGCAGAGCAGGCUGCCCUCUGGACGGAACGGUAUUGGCCAUCAAUCUACAACCCUGCAGCACAAGUCCUCCAGGAUGCUCCACCCCUUCACCAUCUUCGACGGAUGCGAACCCUCCUUGAGGUCCCGGCCGCAGACACAUACAUGGAGCUCGCAAGGCGGGCUGCCGAUGCAUCCAGGGAGCUCGGCCAUGGGAGAGGCGUUGGUGCCGUUGUGGUCGAACCGGAAACUGCAACAGUGGUUGCGGUUGCUGGCGAUGCUCGUUGGUGGUCAGAUGAUCCAGGGAUCCAUCAGUCGCUGAUGGCAAACAAAGGAGAAGGAAGACCCGAAUAUCACGCCGUCAUGCGUGCUGUCGCCAUGGUUGCCAACAAGGAACUUCGUCGACGCAUCAGAGCCGGGGGUCACCUCAAGUUCAAGGACACAUGCACUGAGACUCCGUCUGGCCAGGCUCUCACACCUGUUGAAAGUCAAUAUGAAGACGACGAACAGAUCCUCCGUGACGUUACCUCUGGACUGGCCAAUGUCGUUCUCGAGAACAAUGUAAACGAGGCUGCGUCAGAGAAACGAGCGAAUUCCCGGACCGAAGGUUAUCUCUGCAGUGGACUCGACAUCUAUCUGACACACGAACCAUGUGUGUGCUGUGCGAUGGCUAUGAUCCAUUCGAGAUUCCGAGCCUGUAUUUUCGCUCGGAAGAUGCCAGGCAGCGGUGGCCUGUGCUCCGAACCUGGCGGCAAUAGACUGGGGUACGGGCUGUUCUGGCGUCGAGAGCUCAAUUGGCGAGUCAUGACAUUCCACCACACGUUGGCGGCUGCUGUCGAAGGCGAACAAGGCCCCACGGACACGGGAAUAUUCCACGCUUAG